CAAGACAAAUCAAAUAAGAUUCUAUAAAUUGUUACUUUAAAAAUAAACUGUAAAUCUAUGUCUGUUUGAAAUACUCUAGUUUGUUUAGAUUUUACUUCAUAAUUAAGUGUGAGUUAUUUUUAAUUAAAUAUAUUUUACUACUGGUAACCAAAUUCAUUACCUAAAAUGGGAGUGAAAAUAACUCAAGAAACUUUCAACAAAGCUGUUAAAGAAAACAUUGAAGAAUUAGGAAUGGAUGAGAAAGAAGCAAUAGAAGAUGCCUACAAACAAUUUGAAUUACAGGGUGCUGACUUGAGUUUAAUAUCAAAAGAUACCUUGGAAGACACAGAGGCCAAACAGAAAGAGAUACAAAGACUGGUUCAAGGAAUUCAGAAGGCUACAAAACAAAAUUCUGACAGUUUGGUAACCUACUGUAAAGAAUUAAAAGCGUUAUGUGAUGCGGACAUAUCCAAUCGUGUAGUCGCUGGUAACUGUGGUGCUUAUACUGCUUUAGUGGAUGCAUUAGAUCAAAAGAAAGAAUGUAGUGAUUACAACCAUAAAGUUGAAAUUCUAAGAGCAUUGUCAGCCCUAAUGACCAAAAACCCAGACUUGUUGGAUCCCAAAGGUUUAUCCCUAAUUUUAUUCCUAAUAAAUGUCCAAGAAGAAAGUUCUGUUAAAAGGGCACUUUUGAGAUGGGUCAAGGAAUGUUGUGUAAUGCAUGAACUUAACAGGCAGAAUUUUAUGGAUAAUAAUAUUAUCCAACUUCUAAAACCAAACUUGGAAAAAGAAGAUUCUGAAGUUCAGAGAGAAGUUAUGAGUGUUAUGAGAGCCCUGGUACUUGAUGAUGAUGUGAGAGUGGAAUUCGGGCGAGCACACGAUAAUGCCAGAAUUAUUGCAAGUGAAACUCUAUGCAUGUUAACUGUUAUGAUGACCAAGUAUCAUACUGAUGAAAAACUAAUUUACGACCUCCUGAUGACUAUCACAGCAUUAAUGGUGAGGGCGGAAUUUUGUAAAAAAGUUGAAAGUGCUGGUGGUUUAACUUUGAUAAAAGAUGUUAUGGGACAGUUUCCUUCUAAUGAGAAAAUUGUUAAACAAUGCUUUAGGUUAGUUAAAGCCUUGGCUGGAAAUGAUGAUGUAAAGGCGUGUCUCAUUCAGUCUGUUGAAUUGAGUCCAUUGAUACAAAAUACUUUGAACAUACACAAGAACUCACCUACUAUAGCUGUAUCUGGACUGGCUGCCAUUGCCGCACUGAGUCUGAGAAAUCCUGAGAAUAGUAGGAAAUUAUUUGAGGCAGGAAUUCCAGAACUUAUUGUUGAUAUUAUGAAAUUGUUCCCCGAUGAUAAAAGUAUUCAGAAAACUGGCAGUUGGGCUAUCAGGAAUAUGGUGUCUCGUAGUAGAAACCAAAGUGGAACCUUCCUCGCCGCAGGCGUCGAGCAAAUCCUGCAACGGAAUUUAACAAAAUUCAAAGAAUUUGAAUACGACACAAAGGCAGCUUUACGCGAUUUGGGUUGCGCCGUUACCCUAAGUGAAGAGUGGACCGGAAAAGGAGGCGCUUUAACCACUGGCAAAUGUUUACCCCAUAAUUAAAUCUAUGGAGAAGAAAAUUAAUAAUACGGAUCUAAUGCAUUUAUUUACGGCCCAGCUAAAUUAGAUUUCACAGCAGCUUAAUUAACGAUUAUAAUAAUUUUUGUACUUUUUAUAUACAGAUGAUAUAAUGCGCAUUAUUUAUUAACAUUGAGAAAAUAUAUUCUUUACAUCA